GCACAUCCAGCAAGCCUCCAACGGGAAGGGCCUCGCUGCCGACCAGGUCAUCUAUCUUUUCACCCGGAAGGACAAGACCAAGAAGGCAGUGAAGACAGGGGCAGUGAUGUCCGAGCUCUACGAGAGUAGUCGGUCAGAAGAUGGGUUCUUGUACAUCAUCUACAGCGCGGAAAACACCCUGGGAUCCAACUGA